GCAGAUGGCGGCGGCCGCGUGUCAGCGCCUCCCUCAGGGCUGAGGACGAGGCUUCCGCAGGUGGCAGUUGCUUAUGGGAGCGCACAGGAUGUCAAAUGCUCGCUUGGCUAUUUCCCGUGUGGGAAUAUCACCAAGUGCUUACCUCAGCUUCUUCACUGUAAUGGUGUGGACGACUGUGGGAAUCAGGCCGACGAGGAUAACUGUGGAGACAACAAUGGAUGGUCUUUGCAAUUUGACAAAUAUUUUGCCAGUUACUACAAAAUGACUUCCCUGUAUCCCUUUCAGGCAGAAACAUCUGAAUGUUUGGUCAGUUCUGUGCCAGUGCAAUGUUUUUGCCAAGAUUUAGAGCUUAACUGUGAUGAUACCAACUUACGAGCUGUUCCAUCAGUUUCUUCAAAUGUGACUAUAAUGUCACUUCAGUGGAACUUGAUAAGAAAGCUUCCUCCGGAUGGCUUCAAGAAGUACCAUGAUCUUCAGAAACUGUGCCUGCAAAACAAUAAGAUUCGAUCCAUAUCCAUCUAUGCUUUCAGAGGACUGUACAGUCUUACUAAACUAUAUCUCAGUCAUAACAGAAUAACCUUCUUAAAGCCGGGUGUUUUUGAAGAUCUCCACAGACUAGAAUGGCUGAUAAUUGAAGAUAACCACCUCAAUCGAAUUUCCCCACUAACAUUUUAUGGACUAAAUUCUCUUAUUCUCUUAGUGCUGAUGAACAAUGUCCUCACCCAUCUGCCUGAUAAACCUCUUUGUCAGCACAUGCCGAGGUUACACUGGCUGGACUUUGAAGGCAACCAUAUCCGUAAUUUAAGAAAUUUGACUUUUAUUUCCUGCAAUAAUUUAACUGUUUUGGUAAUGAGGAAAAACAAAAUUAAUCACCUAAAUGAAAAUACUUUUGCACCUCUCCAGAAACUGGAUGAAUUGGACUUAGGAAGUAAUAAGAUUGAAAAUCUCCCACCCCAUGUAUUUAAGGAUCUACAGGAGCUCUCGCACUUAAAUCUUUCCUAUAACCCGAUCCUAAACAUUCGAGUUGACCAAUUUGAUGAUCUUGUCAAACUCAAGUCUCUCAGCCUAGCUGGAAUUGAAAUUUCAAAUAUCCAACAAAGGAUGUUUCAGCCUCUUGUGAAUCUCUCUCACAUAUAUUUUAAGAAAUUCCAGUACUGUGGCUAUGCACCGCAUGUUCGCAGCUGUAAGCCAAAUACUGAUGGAAUCUCAUCUCUAGAGAAUCUCUUGGCAAACAUUCUUCAGAGAGUAUUUGUCUGGGUUGUAUCUGCAGUUACAUGCUUUGGAAACAUCUUUGUCAUUUGUACUCGACCAUAUAUCAGGUCUGAGAAUAAGCUGCAUGCUUUGUCAAUUAUUUCUCUUUGCUGUGCCGACUGCCUAAUGGGAGUAUAUUUGUUUGUGAUUGGAGCCUUUGACCUAAAGUUUCGUGGAGAGUACAACCAGCAUGCACAGCUGUGGAUAGAGAGUGUUCAUUGUCAGCUUAUGGGAUCUUUGGCCAUUCUGUCCACUGAAGUAUCAGUAUUACUUUUAACAUUUCUGACACUGGAAAAAUAUAUCUGCAUUGUGUAUCCUUUUAGAUGUUUGAGACCUGGGAAAUGUAGAACAGUUACAGCUCUGGUUCUCAUUUGGAUUAUUGGAUUUGUUGUGGCUUUUAUUCCACUAAGCAAUAAGGAAUUUUUCAAAAACUACUAUGGCACCAACGGUGUAUGUUUCCCUCUUCAUUCAGAAGAUGCAGAAAGCAUUGGAGCUCAGAUUUAUUCGGUGGCAAUUUUUCUUGGUAUUAACUUGACGGCAUUUAUCAUCAUAGUAUUUUCCUAUGGAAGCAUGUUUUACAGUGUUCAUCAAAGUGCCAUCACAGCAACUGAAAUACAGCAUCAAGUUAAAAAAGAAAUGAUCCUUGCCAAACGUUUUUUCUUUAUCGUAUUUACUGACGCAUUGUGCUGGAUACCCAUUUUUGUGCUGAAAUUUCUUUCAUUGCUUCAGGUAGAAAUACCAGGUACCAUAACAUCUUGGGUAGUGAUUUUUAUUCUACCUAUCAACAGUGCUUUGAAUCCUAUUAUCUAUACUCUGACCACAAGACCAUUCAAAGAAAUGAUCCAUCAAUUUUGGUAUAACUACAGACACAGAAGAUCUACUGACAGCAAAGGAAGUCAGAAAACAUAUGCUCCCUCCUUCAUCUGGGUAGAAAUGUGGCCACUACAGGAGAUGCCACCCAAGUUAAUGAAGCCGGCCCUUUUCAGAGACCCCUGUGAACUGUCACUGAUUUCUCAAUCAACUAGACUCAAUUCCUAUUCAAACUAACUUGGAGGCCCAUUUCUUUACAUAUAAUACUGUGGGUGCUUCAAAAUGGAUUUGUUGGUAUAAAAUUAAUAUCACAAAAUUAAUAACUUAUAUUAAUGGCUAAAAUAAAUUAGCUUAUGAUAACAAAAUUAUUUGGGAAAAAUAAGUGAUAAGCAUAUAAUGUAAAAUAAAUUAUAUAUUGACAAUGUAUAUAUUAGUAGAUAUUUUGCACAGGAAAUUAAGAGAAAUCUACUUCAUAAUCAUUCUUUUACCGUGUAUUUAUUGAGUACCCAUUAUGUGCAUGGCACUGGGGUAAAUUCCUAGAAGUAGACAGUAUAGAAUCCUUUCAAUUUGUAAAGUUAAAUUGUGUAUAACUAUAACUGAACACUGUCUGCAGCUCCUAGUGUAAGGUAAUGCUUUUUCUGUCAUGCAUAUCAACAAACAUAAGAAUUAUGUGCACUUUAAUAAAGGUUUAAGGUUUU